AUGGUAAUUUGGGACUUCAUCAACUCAACGGUGAAUAAGUACAUGCCCAAUGAUGAAGCCCGGGCUAACAUCGCCCUGUUUGUCAUUAAGUUAGGUAAAAACGCAGCCAAUUAUGCCGUGCAUGAAGGCGUCAAAGGGAUCCCAGGUGACAUCUCAGGUUUCCUUAAUAUGCUGAGCGAGACACAGAAAUUUUAUGACUAUACUUCUUUGUUUGGGAACCAAGCAGGCGAUCCAAUCACUCACAUCAAAUAUCGAGUAGAAGAAGACCUCGUUCUUCGUAAACAUAAGACGACAAUCAUGGAUGAGAAGUCUAUCUAUCCUUUCCCUAUCAAUAAUGGUACAGUUGAAAUUUCGAGGACACUGAGAGAGGUUCCACCAAGUGAUUACCUAUUUCAAAUCAAAUUGUUCUCACUGCUUUCCAAGGCAAAAGAGAAAAGAUUUGAAUCGAGUGACUUUGAAUCUGGUGGUUACAAAUGGAAAUUGUGUCUAUAUCCGCAUGGAUACGAGAAGGAAAAGGGGAAAGGGCAUAUCUCUCUCUACUUGGCAAUAUCAGAGGCAGAUCCAUAUCCUCUUGGUUGGGAGGUUAAUGUCAAAUUCGAAUUGUUUGUGUAUUAUCGUAUCCGAGACAAGUACUUGACCCUCCAAAGUUUAAGACAUUUCCACGAGUUUAAGAGGGAGUUUGGUUUUGCCAAAUUACUUUCCCUUGACACUUUCAAAGAUGCUUCUAACGGAUACCUUAUUGAUGACUCCUGUGUGUUUGGAGCUGAGGUUUAUGUCAUUAAAUCUACUAGUAAAGGAGAGUGUCUUUCUUUGAAGGAGGAAACUUACGACAAUAGUUACUCUUGGGAGAUCAAAAAAUUUUCAGAAAUAAAAGAGGAGCGUUUGUUCUCUGAACCUUUCACCAUUGGAAAGCACAAAUGGAAGAUAGUUGUUUAUCCCAAAGGACAUGGCAGUGGAAAGGGCAAUAGCUUAUCUGUCUUUCUAUGGUUAGAUAAUUGCGGAUCCCUUCCAACCAAGAGACUGGGAAACUGGUUUGUCACUAUUUUCCUUUUAAAAUUAGCUUGUUCUCGUCGUCUAGAAUUUCCUCGUAAUUAUUCUAUCACAGGUGAUUUUUGGUUCUGUGACCUAAGUGAAGGCUGGGGCUUAUUCGAUCUAAUUUCUCUUCACGAUCUGCAUGACAAACCGAAGGGUUUUGUAUUUCUAGAUAGUCUGGUUGUUGAAGUGCAAAUUCAUGUGAUGUCCGAUGUGAAAGAGUUCUCUUCGAAGAUGCCUGCUUUAGAAACACGUGAUGUAGAGGAAGGGCCCAUCAGUAAGUGGCAUGGAUCACUCUCAAAACUGGAGACA